GAGCAGCACAAAGUCAGACCAAGUCAUGCAGCCAGAGUCAUCUACAUACUGUUAUAACGUCAUCUAGCUCUAGCUCGCGUGCAUACCUGAAACCCGGUAUCACUCUGCAGCCCGGUCCAGGUGAGCUGGGGGAAUAAUAACGUUUUCGGUCGGACGCAGCUUUUCAGAUGACGAUCAUUGGGAUCUCUUGGACCUGUGGCUGAGAUUCUCGGGGGUGUGUUUUUUUUUUUUUUUCAGCUAGCCUGCUGUAACAGCGAUAUAGGUGUCACAGACAUCACUGCUAAAAUCCUGAACGGCGUCCUUCGGUGAUAAUGAUCUGAACACAAUUGAGACACUACCCGCUUUCCCCCGUUACAAUGAUACUGUCCAGUGGUUGGGUCAGCUACAGUGAUUUGAUAAACCUUGCUGAGAAGAAGUCAUUAGCAUGCAGAGUGCGACAGACAAACCGGGUUGAUCCAUUCAAGCACAGACGGGAGAGACUAACAAAAGGCAUUGGAAUUACAAACAUUUUUUAUUGCACGAUAUACACAUCAAAUAACAAUGUUUGCUAGUUUAUAUGUAUAAGAUGUCAAAAUAUUAAUAAAUCUUAAAGCCGUUUGAAAUUAACCAGCAUAUUUAUGGAUGUUCAUUUUCAAGCUUACAUUUCAAAUUCAAAAGUGGUACAGCCCUAUGGUUGUUUAGGCAACGGCGAAGCACGAAGGAACGCGAUUGGCUGAAUCAGAGCUGUGGACUCGGCCGGUUCGUUGAGCUCGUGAGGGGCUUGGCUGGGGGAAGGAGCCAGUAUGGAGUCACCGCGGGACUUUCGAAUGUUUAAACGGAGCGAAAGGACAAGGUCCUCCUUAUCGUCCGGUUCAUCCCUCGCCAUGGAGAUGAAGAGAAAGAGGAUAAGAGAUGGUGUCUUGUUUGUACAAAACGAGGACUGUAAUCUCCAGGAGAAGAUGGACUUUGAGAUGCAAAUGAGAGCAGGGGCAUAUAAGCUUCUGGUGGCCAGUACCAAGAGAGAACAGAUCCUCGAUGCAGCCAAGAGCCUGUUAACCUGCAAUGCACGAAUCAAAGCCUACAUGACCGAGGCACAGAGGCGGAAGGAGCUGCAGGAUGUGCCUGGAAGUCUUAAAAGGAGGUCUGACAUGUUGUGCUGGUACAUUACGGUUGCAGGAGAAUGUGCCAUUUUGAACAAAAAUGGUAUGUUAUGGGGAAACUGUGAAGACUUUACUGAAAUGUUUGUGUCUUACAGGACUUCAGAGUCACAGAAUAGAACGCCUUGCAAGGGCAAAGUAGUCAUAACCGGUCUGCGGAUCCCGCUAUUUUGGAAGGAUUCUGAACAUUUUAACACCAAAGGGAACUCUCAGCGGGUUGCAGUCUUCUGUCUAAUGAAGAUUGGCUCUGAGAUAUUUGACACAGAAAUGGUGAUUGUAGACCGAACAGUGACUGAUAUCUGCUUUGAGGGUGUAACAAUCUUUUCUGAGGCUAAGCCGGACUUUGAGCUGGCUGUUGAGCUAUACAGCUGUGCAGUGGGAGAGGAGGGAACUUUGGUCAACACACCAAAAAAACUGGCCAGGAAGCUGCGGUCCUCUUUUGGGAAAGGAUCUGGAAGGAAACUCUGCCCCCUUCUGGAUGGUGGAGAUCCUGAUGCUUUUCUUCAGGCCAACCCAAUCCCACAUGGAGCAAAAUAUUCACUUUUGGCGUACACAACUCUGGGAUUGGAGCAGACUGGGAACUCGUUCCAGUCUCACUCACUCAUAGUUUUACAGAAUGUGGAAGCAUCAUCAUGGCUGCCUCUCUAUGGGAACUUGUGCUGUCAGCUGGUGGCACAGCCUGACUGCAUGACACAGGAUAUGAUGAGUGGUUAUCUUAGCCAGCAGCAAAGUAUUGAGGGUUUGCAACACUGCUGUAGGCUGUACUGUGUGCUGAAGGCCGGUCUGCUCUCCUGUUACUUCACUCCUGAGGAGAUUCAAGCUAAGAUAGAACCCAGUGUUAUAAUCUCCAUAAACAAGGACACGUGCCUUCGUGUAGUGGAGGGCAACCAAAAAGGUGGGGCUAGGCUGAGCAUCAUUGAUCCAGGGACAGGAAACCCUGCUAGCCAUGUAUUCAUAGCCGAGACACCUGACCUACUGCAAGAGUGGCUCAGUGUUCUGUUGCAACACAUCUAUGAUCAGAGUCAAUGGCAGCACACCUGUGAUAAGCUGAUGGAAAUUGAGGUUUUGUCCCCACCGAAACCCCCACUUUUUCUUACAAAGCAAGCUGACUCGGUCUACAAUGAUCUCAGUAUUGGCUCACCAGGCAAAUUUGAAAGUUUGACAGACAUAAUUCAUAAUAAGAUUGAAGAAACAGAUGGCCGCUUUCUUAUUGGUCAGGAGGAAGAAAGUGAGCCUCCUCACUGGACAGCACUGUUCGAGGGCUCCCGGCCAAUGUUGGUGCAGAAGACCGUGUUAUCACCAGGUAAAGACGGCGCCCAGUUCAUGUCCAGUCCAGGCUUAAACAGCAACAAGAAGAGAAGAGCGCCUCCACCACCCCCUGACAAAUUACCAUUUGUCCAUCCCACUGCCCACCAGUCAUGUCCUCCAUCCUACCAGGAGAAGGAGAACUCCAACAAGGGGAUCAGGCCUCGUACCGGGAGACCGUCACUUGAUGCUAAAUUCUCAGCCAUCAUUCAACAGUUACAGAAGAGCCAUGGACCCUCCCGCAAAAAUCCACCUUUAGCCCUGGUCGAGCCCCCUCAGAACCUUUCCGUUCCAAUCAAGAUGGAUACAGAGCUCAGUUUGUCUGAACAUGAAGAAAAAACAAGCGCCCAGGUGCCUCAGCCACCUUUGCCUGCCACGAGAAAUAAACUCAGCAAGUCCUUUAGAGAGAAGAUGAACCCCAAAGCUUGGUGAACUUCUAUAGUUAUUUUGUAUCUUACCAAACACUCAAAUCAGUCAUAAAUUCCUUUUGUCCUUACUUUCUCUCUCUCUCUCUCUCUCUCUCUCUCUCUCUCUCUCUCUCUCUCUCUCUCUCUCUCUCUCUCUACCCAUUUCAACACUACUACAACUGCAGUUUAUAAUCAAACAUUUUGGGCUACAGAACUGAUAAAUUACAUCAUGCAUAUUUUCAAACCUAACAUACUGAAAAUAAACAGAGACUUGGGACUUAUCAUUCCUUGUCAUAUAGUGUGCACUUUUGAUAACUUGGCACACAGUGUUGCAAGAAUGCACACUAAGUAUUGUCUUCAUGUUGAUUUACAGCAUGCAUGCAUACAUGCAGCCUGUGUAGGUUAUUUCAAUAUUUAACUUGGGUAAAAGUCUUAAACUUUUUACUAUUAGUAGUAAUAAGUAAAAGGGGGGAAAAAAGUAACCACUCGCUACAAACAUGUAUACAGAUUUUUAACAUUUGCUAUUUUUUGUACAAGACUUCAGUCAUGCAGGUUUUUUUUUUUGUUGUUCGCUUUUCUUUUUUUUUCCAUUUAAGCAUAAUUAAUUCAUUGUAAAUUCAGAAGUGUUGUGUAGAUUUUUUCCUGAACGUGUACUAUGAUGAUCGAAUGACUGAUCCGUGAAUGCUGUAUAGUAGCUAAAUUAAAUACUACAGUGCCUAUUAAACUGCACUUGAAUUUGGAUAUUCAUAGGAUUUAAUUAUCCUUUCAAUUUUGAUUAAUCUUAACAUUCAAAUGAAAAAAUACCUUGUUAUAGGUGUGGAAAGUUGCAUAAUAAUGAGUUGUGUAGGAUGAAAGUGAACUGGAACACUGACUCUUUUUUUUUUUAUUUUUUUUUUAACAUUAUUUUUUUAAUAACAUUUUUAAACUGGCUGAAUGUCUGUAUUCCUUUUGUGAAUUAAUUAAUGCAACUAAGAGACAUUAAUUUCACAGUGGUUAAUAGUUAUAGUGCAAUACUUACAAUAGCUUUCUAACAAUACCUUUUUUAAUUGUUUACUUUAAUUCAGAUCAAGUACAUUUCUGGUCUUUGCAGGCCAUGUCAUUUUUCUUUUCUGCUUGGUCCAGAAUAAAGCACUAACGAU